AUGAAGAUGGCUGCAGAGAUGCGCCGUGGCCUCCCGACGGCGAUCCUUCUCGUAUUUCUGGUUCCGGUGAUGAUCCCCGUCGGCGAGGCGGUGUGGCUAGACGUGCCUACCACCGGAACAAAGUGUGUAUCCGAAGAAAUCCAGAGCAAUGUCGUCGUUUUGGCCGAUUACCUCAUCAUCUCCGAGGAUCAUAACAUCUUACCCACUAUCUCUGUCAAGGUGACAUCACCAUACGGCAACAAGCUGCACAACGCGGACAACGUAACGCAUGGCCAAUUCGCAUUUACAACACAAGAAUCCGGGAACUACAUGGCUUGCUUUUGGGCAGAUGCACAGAGUCACGGGAACAAGAAUGUUAGCAUCAGCGUUGACUGGAAAACUGGAAUCGCUGCUAAGGAUUGGGUCUCUAUUGCUAAGAAAGAGAAGAUCGAGGGAGUGGAGCUGGAGAUUAAGAAACUUGAAGGUGCAGUCGAAGCCAUCCAUGAAAAUUUACUCUACCUUAGACUCAGAGAAGCAGAGAUGAGGACAGUGAGUGAGAAAACGAACUCGAGAGUGGCUUGGUACAGUAUAAUGUCGCUGGGUAUUUGUAUUGCUGUCUCUGGUUUACAGGUACUCUACUUGAAGCAAUACUUUGAGAGGAAGAAGCUUAUUUAG